GGCGCGUUCCCGGGCAGUCUGCGCGAGGGCCGCGCCGCGGCCGGCUACCUCCUCCUCCUCCUCCCCCGCCCCGUCCCUCCUCUGUCCCCUCAGCCUCUUCGCUCCACGUCGUCCCGGCUCCCGGGGGAUGCCCCGGACCAGGCUCUCUUCAUGGCUGCCGACGUUUUCAUGUGUUCUCCGCGUCGGCCCCGCGGUCGGGGCCGCUCGGUGCUGCUCAAGCCUCAGGGGCCGGAGGACGACGACGACUCGGACACAGACGAGCCGUCUCCGCCGCCCCCCUCCGGCGUGGCCACCGCAGCCCGGGCCCACGCGAGCGCCGCACUGUUGCCGCCCCGGGCCGGGCCGGGCCGCGAGGAGCCUCCGCGCCGCCAGCAGAUCAUCCACAGCGGCCACUUCAUGGUGUCCUCUCCGCACCGCGAGCACCCGCCCAAGAAGGGCUACGAUUUCGACACGGUCAACAAGCAGACGUGCCAGACCUAUAGUUUCGGCAAGACCAGCUCCUGCCACCUGUCCAUUGAUGCCUCGCUCACCAAGCUCUUCGAGUGCAUGACCCUGGCCUACAGUGGGAAAUUAGUGUCUCCAAAGUGGAAAAACUUCAAGGGCCUGAAGCUCCAGUGGCGGGACAAGAUCCGGCUCAACAACGCCAUCUGGCGGGCAUGGUACAUGCAGUAUCUGGAGAAACGCAAGAACCCUGUGUGCCACUUUGUCACCCCACUGGACGGCUCUGUUGACGUAGAUGAGCACCGCAGGCCAGAGGCCAUCACCACAGAGGGCAAAUACUGGAAGAGUCGCAUUGAGAUUGUGAUCCGGGAGUACCAUAAGUGGAGGACCUACUUCAAGAAAAGGCUGCAGCAACACAAGGAUGAAGACCUCUCGAGUCUGGCCCAGGAUGAUGACAUGCUCUAUUGGCACAAACAUGGAGAUGGUUGGAAAAUCCCAGUCCCCAUGGAGGAGGACUCACUGCUGGACACAGACAUGCUCAUGUCAGAAUUCAGUGACACCCUCUUCUCCACACUUUCUUCACACCAACCAGUGGCCUGGCCCAACCCGCGGGAAAUAGCACAUUUGGGAAAUGCAGACAUGAUCCAGCCAGGCCUGAUCCCUUUGCAACCCAACCUGGACUUCAUGGACACCUUUGAACCUUUCCAGGAUCUCUUCUCUUCCAGCCGAUCCAUUUUUGGCUCCAUGCUGCCUACACCUACGUCAGUACCUGCCCCAGAUCCCAGCAGCCCACCUUCUCAGGGGAACAUCUUGCCAAACCCAGCUCUUCCCACCGUGAGCCUUCCCAACAGCCUCAUUGCAUCCUCUGCAUCCCCGUCCCUGGACCCCACAGACGGGCAGGCUUGUGAACGCACUUCCCAGACUGUGGACCCGUUUAUUCAACCUGCAGACUUUGGUCCCUCUGAGCCACCACUGAGUGUCCCACAGCCCUUCCUUCCUGUCCUCACUAUGACCUUGCUUUCCCCUGGCCCUGCCCCGGCACCUGUCCCGACGGCACUGCCCUUGGUUUCUCCUCCUGCCUCUACUCUGAGCCCUUCAGCUCCGCCAGCUUUCCUGCAGCCACAGAAGUUCGCUGGAGUCAGCAAGUCGACCCCUGUAAUCACCCACACAGCCUCGGCCACUCUAACCCAUGAUGCUUCUGCCACCACUUUCAGCCAGAGCCAAGGUCUGGUUAUCACUGCACACCACCCAGCCCCCUCGUCAUCCCCCUGCGGUCUGGCUCUGUCACCUGUACCUCAACCAACAGCUGUGGGACCUCCCCAGCCUCAUUUAACGUUUAUACACCCCAAACCUGUGUCCUUGACUGGAGUGAGACCCAAGCAACCCCCCAAAAUAGUGCCUGCUCCCAAACCCGAGCCUGUGUCCUUGGUGUUGAAGAGCGCCCGCAUUGCUCCAGCCGCCUUCUCAGGCCAGCCACAAAAGGUGAUCAUGACAUCAGCCCCUCUGAAGAGAGAAGGGAUUCUGGCGUCUACCGUGUCCCCAUCCAACGUGGUCAUUGCCUCUGCUGCCAUCACCCGGGCUUCUGGAGUCACAGAGUUCCUCAGCCACAGCACAAGCAGCCAGCCUACCCCUGUCUCUCGGCUCUUCUCCCCAAGUACAGUGCAAGACUCCCUGGUGAAGGGCGAGCAGGUCCCACUACAUGGGGGCAGUCCCCAGGUCCCUGCCACGGGCUCUAGCCGUGAAUGCCCCAACUCAGGGCACGCCUCUCCCUGCCCAUCAGAACAAAGUCCCAGUCCUCAAUCCCCCCAGAACAACUGCUCAGGGAAAUCCACAGACCCCAAAAACGUGGCUGCAUUAAAGAACCGGCAGAAGCACAUCUCGGCUGAGCAGAAAAGGCGUUUCAAUAUCAGGAUGGGCUUUAACACCCUCAACAGUUUGAUCUCCAAUAAUUCCAAGCAGACCAGCCAUGCCAUCACACUGCAGAAGACCAUGGAGUACAUCACCAAGCUGCAGCAGGAGCGGAUGCAGAUGCAGGAGGAGACCCGGAGGCUUCGGGAGGAAAUUGAGGAGCUCAACGCCACCAUCAUUUCCUGCCAGCAGCUGCUGCCUGCCACAGGAGUCCCUGUCAGCUGCCGCCAGUCGGACCACAUGAAGGACAUGUUUGAGGAGUACGUGAAAAGCAGGGUCCUGCAGAAUUGGAAAUUCUGGAUUUUCAGCAUGAUCAUCAAGCCACUGUUCGAGUCUUUCAAGGGGAUGGUGUCCACCAGCAGCUGGGAGGACUUUCACCGGACGGCGCUUUCCUGGCUGGACCAGCACUGCUCUUUGCCUGUCCUCAGGCCAAUGGUACUGAGUACCCUCCGGCAGCUGAGCACCACCACCUCCAUCCUGACAGACCCGUCCCAGCUGCCAGAGCAGGCAUCAGAGGCUGUUUCCAGGAUCGGCAAGAGACUGGGGGAAUUGUAAGCGUAGUUGGCAUGUGACUGCAUGAGAUGCCUGAAGACCCCCGUACCCUUCCUGACACACCACCUCAGGGCUGCCCUUGACUCCAGUGGCCCACUGCCCCUGUCAGGAUGCUGUGCUCAGGUCUGAAGCAGGUUUGGGGCCUGCCCACAGCAGUAUCCCAUCUUGGGAACCCUUGCUGUGACCUCUCACUCAGUGACCUCAAUCACCAGUCUCCCCUGCAUUUGGGGUGGCCCAGACAAAGGGAAACAUGGCUGUUCUGCUCCUGCCCUCCUGGUGGCCUGUUGGGGUCCAGGGCCAGCAAGUGCCAGACAAGGAGACAAAGCCCGUUCCUUCAGGUGGGGAUCAUCCGGGGUCCCUCAGAAGUCCUUUCUUGACUUAGAGACUCGGCCCCUGUCACAUCGUUGUCUACUUGUGCUCCUCUGGCAACCCCUGCACACUUUCUGGCCUCUGUAGCAGCA